CCGAAACUGAAAAUAUGGCGAUGGAUUUCAACGAUGCGCUGGAUGACAUAGUGCUGGCCGAAGAAAAGCGUUCCUUCCACUCCUAGCGCCUUGCUGCGUGUGAUGUGAACUGAGUGAUUUGAGUGUUGACCCGUGUGCGUUGGGCGGUAGAGCGUUUAGAACAGCCACAUCCGAAACUCACUACUGCUUCCUUCGGGCUAUUCUGGCUUGAAAAGCCUUGCCUCCUAGACUUCCCCCUGCUACGGCCGGCAGAGAUGGAAUUUCAGAGGGGUCGACACCCUAAACCGAAACAGAGCUAUUCGGAAGAAGGGCCCCCCAUUGAUGCCAGGCCUAGGGUUUACCCCAAACCCAGACAUAGCAACUCCGAAGAAGGGCCGGCACCUGGCGAACAGAGAUAUCGGCAGAUGGGCUUUACUCGCGGUUUCAGCCUCGGAGAAGAAGUCGGAUGGAGAGAUGGCUACCAGCUCGGAUUGCAGAGAGGAGCCCAAAUUGCUACUGAGCUGGGAUUUUAUCAAGGUUUCGUACAUGCAUGGAUAACAGUCUUGGAACGUGAAGAGAUCGCAAAGCAGAGGAAAAUGGUGGCCCUGAAAGCACUUCUCGAAAUGACGAAGAACUUUCCCCAGGUCAACAUUGCAGAUGAAGACAUGUUUGAAAAACUUCACAAGAUCCGAGCAAAGUUCAAGCAGGUUGUGGCAAUACUGAACAUCAACACUCAAGAGAGCGAACUCCACCCCGAGGGAGAGCCAUCAUCUCCGCGGCCUGAGAUGUCCUUCUGAUGACCUUCAACCUCCGGGGUUCCCACAGAGGAAGUGGGUGGUGGCAGCCCCGAACCUGAGGCUGCGGUGGCAGCAACAACACCGUCACCCCCAACAGAGUCCGCACCUCCUGUUGCCACCGUCACGUCACCGCCUCCCAAUGCUCAAAGAGCGACGCCGGUUCCCGUCAGGCCUCAGCGCCGGCGAUUCUCGGCUCCGGCUUCGGCGAGUUCGACACAGCAGUGCUCCGUGCUGUGAGAGUUGCUCUCUGUUGGAUGAAUUUGCCGUCGCAACUUGGCCAGGGAUGCAGCCAAUUUGGCCGUUUCCUACGGAUGGGAUCGGAAUCGAAGAGCCAGCGUUAAGUUGUUGUGGCACAUUUUAUGUGGUGGGCGGGGUGGACAGACUUAAUAAACGCAACAACGGCGGUGUGCCAAAGCUUAAAGGAAUCCUGCAGUGCACUGUAGCUGGCCUCAUACUCAUGACUUCAGUCAUAAUGGGGAUCCUUCUCUGGUGACGGGCGCACACUGGUGACGGGUGCACCCUGGUGACAGGCACGCACUGGUGAUAAACGGUGCACACUGGUUGACUUCAGCAGCAGAAGCGUAGGUGGUUACAGUGUGUACGCAGUUGUCAGUAUACACUGUGGCAGCGACAGUUUAUAGGAAAGCAUGUUUGCAAAUGCAUCCUGAAAACAACGCACAACUGUUUUUGAGAAGGUAGUGUUCAGAGGAAGGCUUUUUUUGAUUUCAGACUCUUGCCCAAUGGUAUAAAUGUACAAAUCCAGGCCAGUUUUGGCAAGAUAUGUCAGUAUGGCUCGUUGGUAGGGUACAAAGGACACAAAAAAGGGCUAGAAGAAAAGUUUAUAUUAGGGGAAGCCACUGAGGAGCUUUCUGUGGGGUAAAAUAAAAUACAAAUUUAUUGCUUUUUUUAGAGUAUUCAUCUAAUUAGGAGCAUUAUGCCAUAAAUGAUCCUUGGACUAUGUUUUAUUGAACAGCCUCUUUGCCAAGCAGGCAAAUAAAUGAGUUUAGUUGGAAAGAAUACUAUCACAAGAAAAACCUGAUGUCACUGAGCCAUGAUAGAUCUUGUCGCUAUGAACUGAUUCUUGAGGCAUACUGAUACACAGGGGACGUAGUCUAAGUAGAAAUGGCCAGCAUUGCCCUCUAAUCUCGCCCGAGCUUUUCCGUUCUUUUCCCACAGUUUUAUAUUGCGACGAGAUGGGGAUUUCUGCAACAUUGGCAUAUCGAAACCGCAACAAUUGGAGUAAGCUCAAGCAGUUAGCAUUGCCCACACUUUUCGUCGUGCUCGAACCAGCUCAACUGCUUCUGCUGUUUCAGCCAACUGCUGCUCACUGCCAAGCUGUGAUCCUGAAGUUGACUGAAGUCCGAUUAUAGACCAUGCUGUGCUCGAUGCUGCGUCAUGACCCUGUUUAAUGUAGCCAACCUUUUUGAUAAUGCUGCGUGUGCCCACUUUUAAGGUCGAUGCUGGCCUGCAAGGAGAAUACUGCCACUGAGCCAAUGUCGCAGCACGGUUCCCUACGCUUCGGUUCCCCCUCCUGGCAUCAAUGUACAACAGGCUCACGUAUGCAUGUCUUUGUACAAGUCACGGAGUUCUGGUGCCGAAACUGCGAAGACUGCCUUUUUUUUUUCAUAUAUGCUCCAUAGUACUCUGUGAGCUCAGUGUCACUCCUCACAGUUGCCUGGUGGGUUUUGGCAUCCGAAGUAGCUACUUGCUAACAUGUAUGUACAAACAUUUUACACUUCGUGUCAGUGAACGGUUUGAGAGUGCGUACGGCCAAGGUUCUUCAGACUUGGUUCCCAGUGAGUACAGGUCUGUGCAUCCGGGUUGAUACGCAUCACCGGCUUGUUGCUUAAAGCCUGAGAUCUCAAGCUGGGGCUGGGAAAGCAGUGGUAUUGGCAUGGCUUGAAAGCAUGUCUUGUGCUGGUUCGAUGCAACAGUAAUUAUUUUAACUGUCCGAGUAAAAUAUUUUGGCAUUGUCAGCUUUCUGAAAUGCUAUUACAUACGUACUGCAGGAGGGCUGAUUCUGAUUGACUGUCCCUAAGCUGUGUGCAAUUCUUUGUCAAUCGUUUCGAGACCAAUGUCAGGGUUUGGCGGCACAACUGGAUGAAAUAUUUCAGCACUGUGGCCUCUUAAUCGUUGAAAACAGUGAUAACAAAAACUACUUUGUGUUCAGACAUAACCAACAUGGGCUAGCUCAUACCUGCUCACACUUGUCAACACUAAUGCAAUGCUUAGUUACUUAUUUGAGCCUCAGUAUAACGAAUAUUGAUAUACCGUAUUUUCCGGUGUAUAAGACGUGCUUAUUUUUGUUUUCGUUUUUUUCCAAAUUUUUGCCGGUGUGUUUUAUACAGUGGCACGACUUUUGUAUGCAUAAAAGCAUGUACGCUGGCAAGACCAACGUUUGCGUUUAAUGUUACUAUUUUUCUUUUUGCGAGUACAAGAAACCAGGUGUGGUAGCAAUCAGAAAGUAAUCAAAUCUUGUAUUAACAGUGGAGCAACCGUUGGUACAGAUGUUAGCUUCUAGGGCCAUGUAGGCAGCACGGCGAUGGCUGUAGGGUAGCAGCAGUGAAGGCCACCAGUGUGGCCUUCGUGAUUGCAGGUCGCAAUAUAGUUCCCUGGUAUAGUUUAGUGUUCCUUAAAGAAAAGGUUAAACCCACAGAACUGACGCAAUAAACAAUGAAAGAGUGCCACAAUUUCUUACUUUUACGUUGUGGUACCCAAAAUAUACCCGUUUCAAAAUCGCCUAGUUAUCAUCAUCAUCAGUUGCCCGCAUGUGUUCGUCGCGAGCACGCCCCACUGGAGAGGCAAUGCUUGUGACGUGCCUACAGUGUCGGGUAAAAUUUAUUCAGGGGCCGACGAUGGUUACCGAGUGAUGCUGCCAGCCAACCUGACUGAAGUUUUUGACACUGCGUCGAAGGACGAGGCCUUCGAUGGUUUCGAGUGAUGGGCAAUAAAUAUUGAUUUACUGCGCCUAAGAGGAGUGUUACUUGAAGACUUUUUUUUCUGCUGGAAUUUGCGGGUAAAAAAUUUCGUUUACCCAAAUUUACAACCCUGAAAUGGGUAAGUUCAGUAUUUCGGGAUGAGUGUACAUGCGUGCAUCGUUUUGUUACCCUGACUGAGCUAAACUAGAUGCGUCUUGUAUGCCAGUGCGACUUGUAUGCCAUUUUUUUUCAAGUCGCAAAAAGGCUGGCGGAGAGUGCGGCUUAUACAAAGGUGCGAUUUAUCAUCCGGAAAAUACGGUAGUUAAAUUUGUGAUAUACCAAAUCUUUCUUACCUCGACAUUUGCUCGAUUGAAGACCGUGCACCUUUUACUGGGACUUAGCAAUGUAACUUUGCCUUGCACACUAGUCAGUCCCUUUUAUAAGUUAGCAAUCCACUGUGUAACACCAGAGCUGCUUUAACUAUAGGGACUGUCCUGACACACUAAGUUUGAACAGUAAGAACAAGCAUUCUCACAUCUGAAAGUUAUUGCAUGCCAGCGCUAAAAUACAAGCGUUCCUGCACAGCCAAACAUGAUAUGGUUGCACAAUCCGUGGCUCUGUAACUUCUGAAACUAUCUAGAUUUUAAAAGAAAUUUAUUGCGCUAAGAGGUCACAAUGCUUUUGCAUGGCUGCAGAAUCAUUCUUGCGGCUAAGUCAAUGUUGCUGUUCUUGGAACUCGCACCACCUUGGCAUUGUUCCACAGAAACGCUCGGCUAACAACGUUGUUGUGUUGUGUUUGUGAAGGAUUCAGCCUCGCACUACCAUUUACUCACCUCACUGUUAAUUCACUCACUGUCUUAGUCCUGCAGUAGUCUCGGGUUCAAACUCCUGGGCUAAGACAAAUGUUCUUUGAACUCGGUGGACGGGAAGAUGCUUUGUGGCUACUUGGCUACAUGCAGGCAAGCGCAGUCAAUCUUUGCCUUUUUUGAAAUUCUGCUCACGGCAUAAUGUCUAAUGCAUCCGAUCUUAAUCGCCGUGACUUCGAUGUCAUGAGUGGUUAUAACGCACUAGUUGCAGCCUGCUUGCAUCCGAGUCUCUUGUCGGCGGUCUUUUUUCUCCGGUGAGUAACUGUUCAGCCACUGCACGCUUUAUUUAAUGCAAGGUGGACCACUCAGAGCUAGCCCCAAUUUUGUCUACCUAAUCUCUUCAGGAUGAACUGCAGGAUAAUGUCAAAGCUUUCGACACCUCCCCGGAUACUUCAACACAAAGAUAAAUACAUUGGGCAAACGAGCAAAAUACAAAGACAACGGACGCUGUAGAAGUGGCUUGGGCUUUAUGUUCAAGGGACCUUAGGACAGCAGAACAGCUGCAAAGACUACCAGCCGCAUCAUGGGGCAAGUGUACGUGGGCUCAAAAUGUGGCCAGAUUAUUCUAUAAAGCAAAAAGAACAAACAUUCGCUGCAGAUUAAUUUUUCUAUUUGUUAGUUUCGAAUGGUGCUAUAGUGCGUAAUUGGCAGAAAAUGCACAAAGUGCUCCCAAAGUGAAUCGCUGCAGUGGGAGCUUUUGAUAUAACCAUUAAGAGCAUAAUUAUAGGAGCAGCUGAAACACCUUGAUAUACAGAAUUAUACAACAUUGUUACAAUGAGCACAAAGAACAAAUUAGUUUAGAAUUGAAAACGACACCGGAAGUAAAUAGGAACAGUAUAAUGUGAAAAAUGACCAGAAUACAACAGUUCUUGAUAUGGGUUAUGAAACAUGAACAGGUUCAGCAAUUACUUGGAACGACUUGAACCUGUAACAGCGUGAGGUGGUAACACUAAAAUAUUUUAUGGCCGAGCAUCAAGUCGUCUGCUUCCCAUUGUUUGCUUUCAUUUGAAUACAUACUUGCAAGUUAGCAAGGGUCUAAUGUGACCAGAUUUGUCAGAUGCCAAAAAGGGACGGUGACGAUAGAGUCCGAGAUGGAAUUGAGAUUCCACAUUUAUUCCAAUGUUGUUUAUGUGGAGGUAAACGUGAAGGUAAAUCUGGUCGUUAGGCCACCUUGCCAAGGCCAUUCGAAAGCUUUUACUAUCCCAUCAUGCCCAUGGUGGCCGAGCAAUUGCAGUGGCAUUUCUCUUCAGUAAGAUUGUGCGUAAUGUUCAUUCCAUUUCUGCCUGUCUUUGACAACCUUGUGGGCUACCUUUGAAGGAUACACCCUGUGCACUGUUGGUAACUUGUCCAGUGUUGAUUCCUGUGGAGCUACCUUUGAAUGGUACGCCCUGUACACUGCUAAAUGCUGCAUAAGGAUGAGCUUCGGUGGUCGGCCGUGCAAGACAGCUUGCGUGCUUUACUCGCCUGCCUCUGCUUUGCAGCAUUGCGGUGUUCUUUGUUUUUGUCCAGCAUGUCAUGCACCUUGUUCACGUGGCAGUUGCCGCUGCACUGUUUUUUUCUCUCUGCACUCACUCUCUUUCUGAUGAUGUGCUCAAUAGAGCUGGUUGUAUUGUAUUGUUGUUCACACUCAUUUCGUGCACUGUGGUGAAGGUGUGUGUGUGGUCUUGUGCUGGUGAUGGUGGUGUUGUUCACUUCUUUAAGGAGGGCUGGGUCCUUCCAGAGGCAAGUUGGAACCUUUUGUCCUAGAACAUUAUUUAGAGCUCUCUCGUAUCUGAGCAUGAUUUUUUUACCUGCUUUCAUGGGUCUGAGACCUUAGGGGUUCCAGGUGGCAUGUUCAAGAUCUUCCCACUAGGCGACGUGUCUAUCAUUGGCAGGAUUCUUUUAAACUUGGCUUCUUUACAUGAAGGCUGAAUUGGCAAUGAUUGCAGGUGAUUAAAUUUUAGUUUGCUAUCUGUCAGCAGCCUGGGUGGGGUCUGGAUGGCGAGAUGAUGGAUGGAUGCCUGGUUCACCCAUCCAUCCGUACUUUGCUAAUACAGUUUCCAUGAUGCUGCCUCCUCGCCUGCUUGUCACACCGAGCUAAUGUAAAAAUGCGAUUUUAAGUUAGACACUUCAAACACUGUCAAGUUUCGCAUCAAUGUGCCAAGUUUGUUUGUGAUGCGCAUAUGAAAAAAAAGUAAUCUGGUGGACAGAUGGACAGAAAGCUUCCUGAGGGCAGUUGUCGUGUCCGCAAUGUGUAAAAUGGAGAUCUUCAGUAUAUUGGAAUUCUGCACAAUUCACAGUUAAGGCUGAUUUUAAAUUACUUAGGAGUCUCGUUACGGAAGUUUGACUUGAAGCAAUAAUCCAUAAGCAGUUUGGCUGUUCGAGUUUCUGUAUUUCAAAUUAAAGUUUUGUUUGCGAGCCUUCGGGAGGGUCUGAAACUUCAGAUUCAUUUGUCAUGCAGGCAGCGUCAUAGAGACCUUGUCCCGUUAAAGGUAGGUUCAUGUAGUCUAAAUUUUAUCUUUCUUGACUCACUUUAUGGCUAGAACGUACAAGAUGGGUGCAGUCGCACCCUUUCCGGACAGUUCACGCUUGUCUCUGGUAAAACCAGAGCCCUCAUGUUUCUCAAUUUCUUGGUGGUCAUAUGACGUUCUUCUUGGCUCUUCCUUUGUGCUCCCUUUUGGUGCACAAUGUCACGACGACGAUGAAUCCCGUGAACACUGCACCACGCCGGAAGCAGGAGAUGAAACAGUGUUGUCAACUUCACUGCCACAUUCCGAAUCAGUUUGUGGUGUCUGUAAUGCCAGUACAAACGCAUGCAUGUGUUGCAACUGUUGCAAAGGCUGCAAUACUUUGAACUGCUCCAGCGAGUACUUGCUUACUUUUGCUGCCCUGUGUGUGCACAGCAAGUGGUUUAAGCUGCUCAUUGAAGUAUUGUGCGUUCCGCUCAUCGCUAAGUGAACAGUUCUAUGAAUAGCCAUAAGUUAAUAUUAAAAAAGUGUUUUCUUUUUAUAUUUUCAAAUUUCUCUUUUAUUUAGUUACAAAGCUGUAUUUUAAGGACUACUGACAUAACACUUUCGACUUGUGAGUUUAUUGUGUUAAAUGAAAGUACAAACACUCUAAUCUCUGGAAAAAUACUCUAAAGAAGUACUGAGGAGGUGCAUGCAGCUUCAAGAAAUGCUUACAGCACUCUUUUUUUAUUACAUAUCUUAUGAGCAGUGUUGUCAUAGCUAGCCUUAUCGCUACACAAUGCUCGGAAAUUUUGCCCUGUGUCACGACUUCAUAAUAAUGUAGAUAAUGUCUGGGCUGGCAUUUUGAUACCAGUAUUAGUAUCAAACUAAAGUAUCUCAUGUUUGCCAACCUUUAUACUCAAGUGUCGUGCUUUAUUUUUAUUGUGUGAGAAGCGUGUGGUGAAGUAUCUACAACAUCAUAAAUAUGUCAGUAUUCCUUUAAAUGCAGAUUGGAAAUGUUUAUGAGUGGUGGAAUAAAAAUGAUGCUUUUUUUUCAUUUUUGUUUAUUAGUGUUUUAUAAGUGCUACUGCCCAGAAGCCUACGUAUACAGCUGUUAUGGCUUGUGCGCUUUGCAUGGUAUACCAAGCCAAUUAGUUUGUAGAUGCAAUAAGAAUUGCACAGUGCGAGUCGUUCUCUCGGAGCAUUGAACUUGAACAAACGGGUGCCAGAAAUAUAAUGCACUUUUGUGUGGUGUUUUUUUUAUCAGGAAGCCGUUGUGAAACACAAGCCAACACCUCGUGUGCAGUCAUGGGGGGGAGGGGUUGUAGCUUGACACCGCAUGGAAAGGAUGGCAUGCAGAAAUCAAAUUUUUUUCGAUCAUUCUUAGUGGGUGAAUUUUCUGUGCAAGAACUGUUGAGCACUAGCGGAAGUGUAAGCUCGUAAAAUAUUUUCACUGGCUUGUUUGAGCAUCAACAUUUAGGCAAACAUUCGUGAGCAGUGGUUGCAUUUUCAUUGCAUGUUGAAAGAAAUAACACCCAAGUUUGUGAGUACUUAACAGCAUUGGCUGUGAAGGCUUCUGCACCUAAUACAUUAAGCAUUACUUUUGUGAAGUGUCCUCCUUUAUUUUAAACAGAUUUCUUAUCAAUGGAAGUGUUGUAAAGAAAUAAAGCCUAACAGUCAUUCUUAAUAUAAUUAUGUAAAAAAAUUAAAGGACUAAUUUCAUGCUUAAGUUUUGUUUGUAUGCUGAAUGCUAUGUGAUAAACGGCUCUUGGUAGCUAAGCCAAUGUCUCGUCCAUACUCAAGUUUUGCAGAGAAGUAGCAUUUUGCUGUGCACUAUUUUGUUUAAUAUAUGUUUGCAUGCAGUACUUCCUUCUUUGAUCCAAAAUGUGUUGCAAUUACAUGUCGUCUGCUAUGCUGCGGAACCAAAACUAGCUUAACUGUGACGAGAUUUGUCAUUUCUUGCUGAAACACAGGAUGUGCCAUGUCCAGUCAUAGCAUUGACAGAUUUUUUUUCCUUGCAACAGGCCCUAUUACAUGUGUCUACUGUACACAAGUUCUCCUGCAUCUUUUUUUUUUCCCCCACAACUUCUAUUUUUUUUUCACCAACCGUUUAUUUAGUGUUUUUGGAAAGCUAGUCAUACAGCAGCAAUUCUUUCUUGGAAAGCUUGUUCACAACCAGGCUCUAAAUAUGUUGAGAGGAUAUUCCUGCAGUUAUUUUUAAUGACAAUUAGUAAUUUCGUGUUUAAAACUGUUCCAAAUUGUCCCUGAUAGUUAGCUGUCCUGUUUUCAUUAGUCAGUACAAGUCUGAUACCUAAAUGUAAGGAAAUAAAUAUUCCAGCUGUAAAUAUAUGCAUCUGCGUUUGACUAUUUGAUAUUUGAUUCGAUACCUACUAUUCGUAUUCAGUUUGUAUUUAAAAAAGUUGAUAUCUCCCCACCUCUACUGAUUUCUUAUGUAUUCUGAACAAAACUGGAAGGUACUGAAUCUGAACACGAUAUUAAACAGAACUCUUGUAAAAAAAGCUAGCUCAGUGCUGAUUUUGAGCAUGGACAAGACAACAGUUUAGCCACAAGAGCCAUUUGCACCUUACUCUUUAUGUUAACACAACGUUUGCUCUAUGCUUUAAAAUGAAAGAACCUAGUUUUUGCAGCCAUAUAACACUAGAACAAAGACAAAUAGAAAAGAUGCAACGCAAGCUGUAGUUAUUUGUGUUGUGUCCGUGCUGUGCAUACAUAUUAUUUUUGUUACAUUUUUUGCACUAUAAGCCAUCAUUUACCAGCAGUGCUGAAUGUCAAUUAAUCUAAACCUAGUUUCAGUUUAAGUAUGAAAGUUUUGGCAUUGCAACGAUACCUGUGUUUCGUAGCCGAGAGCUACAUUAUUUGAAAUUGGCACUUGGCGUUUAAGUGAACGUGUUAAGUUGAUCUUAAGGUUAGCGUGCAUGGUCUGUCAUUGCUGGCACUCGCAUUGGGUGGUCCACUGAACGCCAUCAUGGCAGUGUCUGAGACAUUGAUCUGAGACAGAAGUUAAUAACAAAAGCGCAUGCUUGGUUAAUGUUCUCUUGAAAGAUUCAUGUGCGUAUUACAUGAGCAUAACCAAACCGCUGGCUAAACUAGCAUAUGGUGCUGUUGAGCAUGCUGUUCUUACAGCAUUGUUGUCAGCAUCUUGUCAGACCAGCCGCGAAUAUUAACAUUUUUGAAUGAGCUUUAUGUUUAGUUGGCUUCGUUGCCUUAACCGAAGGACUGUAAAAAACUAUUGCAAAGAUGCGCUUUCUUUCAUGCGAUUAAUGGCCAACAGUUAUCACUGAUGUCUCAUGACUGACGGUGCUGGUGUUGCAUGUUUGUUGAAGAUUAGGACUUCCUGCUCCUUGUGGUAAAUGUAACGUUUGUGCUGCAAGACCAGACUGUACGACUUGCAUUUGAUAGCAGUUAGGUUGAUGACAACGCGGCAGUUCGAGUUCAUAGAGAGUACAAUGCGUGGCUCCUGAAAUGCCGUAAUGUAUGCGUUGUAGUUGCACCACAUGUCUUUGGAGGUGCACUCUUGGCUGUAGGGCUUUUGAGACGAGUGUUGUUUGAAUCCCAGAUUGCAUUUUUUGUGUGUGGGCCCUCAAUAACCUGUACAUUUACAAGCCAUACUGUUCUAGCCACAGGAUGGCUUUUUUUAUUUAUUUAUUCACGGAAGAUAAGGGAAUAAGAAUACAUUCUUAUACACUAUUUCAAAAAGGCAGAAGAGGAUGUGAUAAAAAAUGUUUCUGCUUGCUCAAAUUCAGCCUUUUUGCCUCACCUUAGGUAUGUUUGUGGCUAGCAAAUAUCUUCAGUUCAUCCUUGACAUAAACGUUCCCAUAUAUUGCUAUAGAACUGUUGUUGCUGUUGCUAUAGUGUGUGUAGCUCUAAAGUGUCCAGAACGGGCUUUGCUACGCUUUACCCUUGAGCAUCUAGGUUCGUUUGUGCUUUGUGAAUAUUCUUACAGUGCUCUUAAAGCUUAUUCAUUCCAGAACGGGUUUUGCUACGCUUUACCAUUGAGCAUCUAGGUUCGUUUGUACUUUGUGAAUAUUCUUACAGUGCUCUUAAAGCUUAUUCAUUCUUUUCAAUUUGCGAUGUACGAUUUAUGCUUUUGCAAAAACUUCAUUUACAAGUAUUGGUCUCAGGAAAGACUGACCAAAAUCUUCGAUGUGAGAUAGCGUUUAUGGAAGACUCUGUAAAGGUUAGUUUCUAUAUGUUUCAAUGUCACUUUGUCCCACAUUAUACGUCAUUGGCAUCCUAACCAGUUUACUACAGGUUAUGAUGCCCUCCUACAUGGUUAUGAUGCAUUAGGUUCCCAGCUGUGAACAGUGCAAACAAAGAUGACCGAGAAAAUGACACGAUGCUAAGACUGCACAGUUCUUGUGUCGUCUUCUUGCGCAUCUGACUUUGAUGCUGUUUGCAGUGUGGAUGUACAGCCUACCCUGAAAAACAAAUGACCUUCAAGUCAUUCAAUCUUUCUUAACAGUGAAUGUGAGAAAUCUAACCAUGUUUGCUUGCAUAGCUGCAACCUCAUUUAGGUGCAGAAUUCUGUUGUUGCGUAGGAGUUUGCGGUUGAAGCACCUAGAUUUCAAGCACUCACUCCAUGAUGCGUUUUUUAUUUCUAGAAGUGACAUGCAAGUUGUCCGAUUUUGUUACAAGAGUUAGGGGUAGCAAAGCCCAGUUCUGGAUACACGACUGUCAUGGUCAAAUCCGAGCUGGUCCGCGAAUGAUCUGGAGUGUCAAAAGCGUGCCACGAUGAGGUUUUUGCGUACUGUUCUCUGCACAGAUCGGUGUAUGACAAUGCCUCAAAGUGUAGCCUGUAAAAAAAAAGUCAAGCAAAACGCGGCCGUGUAGUUCGUCGCGUCUUGUAUGGCGAUCGUUGGCAGCUCUUUAUAUACGCGGUAUACUCCAAACCAUUUCUAUACUAACAGGUUUUGUCACAACAGCCAAAGAAACGUGGAUACUGCAAUGUAUAUGUGGCAUACAUGUUGACUUUUACAAUGUAAGGCAUUUCACAUUUGCAAGUUGUCUGCUGUUAAACGAUUGUGUGCUCGUACAACUCUAGCAUAUUAUUUAUUUUUCAUCUUAUGGCUCGUCGUGUUGGUAUCCUGUUGUGUGGUGUAUUCACCAUAUUGCAAUGUUUUGUCUUUGUUGGCACUGUUAAGUAUGACAACUGGGCACCAUAACUUGCAGAUGCCUAGCAGCAAUGUAAAAGUUACAUUCCGUUCAAUAUUGUAGGAUGCUUUCCAGUCUAUAGAAAUCUGGAGCCACAAAAUUAUUUUUUCAAGAUUCUGAGUAUUUAUUUGCUUUGUUUUAAAAUACGUGAGUGCAACUAUAUGAAAGUACAAUUUACUGCCAGCUGAAAUGAGUUUUUGCAGCAAUACUGCUUUUGGAACGCUGUGUAAAUUUGUGGCAAUUUUUGACUCGCCUUGAAGAAUACAUUGUUCAGUACAUGUUUGAAUUAUUUUAUGAGCAUGUCUCAUUCUUUCGUGGAAGUACCUCUCAAGCUACACAAAUAUCACUUUGUCAGUUUCCUAAAGACAGUAAUUGCUGUUUGUGUUUGACAAAAGUUAUUACGAAGUGAACCGGUAUGUCUUCAUAGACCUUCAUGAAGUUAUCCGUCACAUUAUUGAAGUGCCAUUCCAGCAAAAUAUUCCAAUAUAUGAUCUGAUGCAAAGGGGUUUUGUGCAUUGAGACAGUUAUAACAGCAGUGAUUACUUAUGAUCGUAAUCUUUCUACUGCUGUAUUCUAUGAAAAGAUUGUAUUCACAUUAAAACAUUGCUGCUAGGCAUUUUGAGCAUGCAAGCCUACCAUGUGCUAGGGCAUUGUUAUUUAUUGUCCUUUGUUUUCAAUUAUGGUUAUGCGCAAAAAUGUUUUGUUGUAUUAUGGCGGUUUCAAUUGUAAAAGGAAAAACAUUUCCUGAAGGCAUAUAGCCUCCUUAAUUGUAAUAAAAUUAUUUCAAGAUUGCCACA